UGUGAACCGUUGUUUACCGAAUUUGAAGGUUUGUUCGUAAUCACUUUUAAUGACAUUGAAUGAUCAAUACCAUUAGUCUAGGUAGAGAAGUACUAGAAAAAGGGUAAAUAAGGGUGAAUGUUCUUAGCAAUAAAUACUUUGCAGUUGAGACUUUGACAUAGAGAAAGAAUUGAAUUGAGGUGUUGAACAUCUAGGAACUUGGUGCGUAAUCCUCAAGGAAGACAUUUACUCCCUCCAUGAGUCGGAAAACAAUAUGGGUGCUUACAAUAGUAAAAUAAAUGAUCGAGAUCGAAGCAUAUUAAAUAUAAAGGAACAAAGAGAUAAGUUGAUGCGUUAUCAUAAACGAUUGGAACGGAUUGAGCAGUUGGAAAUAAACCUUGCUCGAAAGUGUCUCGCCGACAACAAUAGAAAGGGUGCUUUGAAAGCGCUAUCUGCUAAGAAAUUUUAUUCUGGACUCAUUGAACAAUCAUAUGGUCAAUUGGGGAAUAUUGAGCAACUUCUUUCUUCUAUAGAGUUCACACUCAUUCAACAAGACGUUCUUUUUGGUCUUCAAGAAGGCUCAAAUAUUCUUCAGCAGUUGCAAAAACAGAUGCCUCUAGAAAGAAUCGACAAGAUAUGCAAUGACAAUGAUGAAGCUUUUCAGUACGUCGAUGAAGUCAAUGUCAUAUUACAAGGAAGAAUGUCGAGAGAUCAAGAAGAUGAAAUUCAAGCUGAAUUAGACACUCUUAUCCAAGAGCGAGAAAAUGAUCCAAACAAAAAUCAAGUUGAUGAAAGACAAAUUUUUCUUCCUACAGUACCUCAGACAAAACCAAAUCAUUCCGUGGGAAUGAAACCCGAUAAUGAAUUCCAUCCAAGUCAAAGUCCAUCAACGGUUGAUGACGGCAAACGAGAAGCUCUUCUAAGUUGACGUACCUUCUUUCUUGAAAUUUUAUGUUUUUCUAUUAUUUGUCUUACCUGAAAGCUUUCUCAUUUCGCACGUUUCACUUUAGACCUGAUUUACUCAAACUAUCUCGUCCAAUUCAUUUACGACUUAUCAUAACGUUCCAAAAAUUCAUAUUUAUUAAGCAAAUUCAUAAAUUAAAAGAAAAAAGAAUAAGACGUUAUUAAAUUUCAAAGUAGACAUUCAGAUCACCA